UGUGCUCGUAUUGCGCUAUUAUCCAAAAAUAUCUUAUCCAUUCUACCCGAAGGGAUAAGAGAGCCUUAUUUUCCAAAUAUCAUCUCUUUCUAUUUUUUGGCAUAUUUGUUCUGCAGAAAAGAAGGAGAAAUGUUUGAACACAUAACAGCAAGUGAAAUAGCAGGAUUUGGAGUGGGUGCUUUUCUACUUGGCGCCACUGUUUAUGCUCCCAAAAUUGAUUCUUUCAUCUCUGCCUCUCAGCGUAGCUCACUAGGGAUGUGUAAAAGAUGUGGAGAUUUGAGACUGAUAGCAUGUUCAAGCUGCAAAGGAUCUGGUGUCAUUAAAGGAGGACCAUUCAAUUUCAUUCAGUUGGAGAAUAAAUCGAAAGUACGAUCCUCUUCUUGUACUAAAUGUGGAGCUAGAGGACAUUUUCAGUGUCCCGAGUGUUCUAACAAACUCAGUCGGGCUUGAUAUAAAGUUGUCUCCGUUGAUCUAUAGGUAACGGGUUCGAGUCGUGGAAUCAGCCUUUGAUGCUUGUGUCAAGUUAGGCUGCCUAUAUUAUACCCCAAGGGGUACGGCCCUUCCUCGAACCCUACGUGAAUGCGGGAUGCUUUGUGCACCGGGCUGCCCUUUAGUCUUGAUAUACUCUGGAUUAUGUAAUCUUGUAAGCUAUUAGUUGUCAAUGCUUCUGUAAUGGAAUCUGUCAAAUUUUGAUCAUUAGACAAAAGUUGUAUAAUCAGUUUGAAUUAUGGAAAGAAUUAUACCUCAUGUUGUUGUAUGCUUAUAAGAUAAUUGCUGUUGAGUUUUGGAAA